CGGGCACCGGCACCGGCACGGCCAGGAGCACCGGGAGCACCGGGAGCGCCAUGGCCUCCGCCGAGAGCGCGGAGCAGCGGGCGCUGCAGUACGAGCAGACCCUGAUGUAUGGCCGCUACACACAGGACCUGGGCACCUUUGCCAAGGAUGAGGCAGCCCGGCUGCGGCUGAAACAGGAGCAUGAGGACAGUGGCACCCUACGGCCACGCCGCCCCUCUGAGCUGCUGGAGUACAGCCAGGGACGCUGUGCCCCCUGCUGUGGCUGUGCCGUGCGGUGCCAGAGGUUCUUCAUCGCCAGGGUGGGCGAGGACUGGGUUUUCCUCAUCCUCCUGGGGUUGGUCAUGGCGCUGGUGAGCUGGGCCAUGGACUUUGCCAUCGCCACCUGCCUCCAAGCUCAGAAGUGGAUGUAUGGGGGCCUGGACACCAAUGUGAUGCUGCAGUAUCUGGCCUGGGUCACCUACCCCACUGUGCUCAUCACCUUCUCAGCUGGCUUCACCCAGAUCCUCGCUCCACAGGCUGUAGGCUCAGGGAUCCCUGAGAUGAAGACUAUCCUGCGGGGUGUCAUCCUGAAGGAGUAUCUCACCUUGAAGACCUUCGUGGCCAAGGUGAUUGGGCUGACGUGUGCCCUGGGUAGCGGCAUGCCCUUGGGCAAGGAGGGUCCCUUUGUCCAUAUUGCCAGCAUGUGUGCAGCCCUGCUCAGCCGCUUCCUCUCCUUCUUUGGGGGCAUCUAUGAGAACGAGGCAAGGAACACUGAAAUGCUUGCAGCUGCCUGUGCUGUCGGUGUCGGCUGCUGCUUCGCUGCCCCCAUUGGAGGCGUGCUGUUCAGCAUUGAGGUCACCUCCACCUUCUUUGCUGUCCGCAACUAUUGGCGUGGUUUCUUUGCCGCCACCUUCAGCGCCUUCAUCUUCCGCGUGCUGGCUGUCUGGAUCAAAGAUGAAGAAACCAUCACAGCGCUCUUCAAAACCCGCUUCCGCCUCGACUUCCCCUUUGACCUGCAGGAACUGCCUGCCUUUGCCGUCAUUGGGAUCGCCAGCGGUUUCGGUGGUGCUCUCUUUGUCUACCUCAACCGCAAGAUUGUGCAGUGCAUGCGCCGACAGAAGGCCAUCAAUCGCUUCUUGAUGAAGAAGCGCCUGCUGUUCCCUGCCCUGGUGACACUUCUCAUCUCCACAUUGACCUUCCCACCCGGCUUUGGGCAGUUCAUGGCUGGACAGCUCACUCAGAAGGACACGCUGGUGACGUUGUUCGACAACCGGACGUGGGCCAAGCAGGAGCCCAGUGAUGAAUUUGAGUACAUGGGCAUCCUGGAGGCCUGGCGACAUCCCCGCUCCAACGUCUUCAUCACCCUCGUUGUCUUCAUCCUCAUGAAGUUCUGGAUGUCAGCCCUGGCUACCACCAUCCCUGUGCCCUGUGGGGCUUUCAUGCCGGUCUUCGUCAUUGGGGCAGCCUUUGGGCGGCUGGUUGGGGAGAGCAUGGCAGCCUGGUUCCCUGAUGGGAUCCACACCGACAGCAACACCUACCGCAUCGUGCCAGGGGGCUACGCCGUGGUGGGGGCGGCCGCGCUGUCGGGUGCUGUUACCCACACUGUGUCCACCGCCGUCAUCGUCUUCGAGCUGACGGGGCAGAUCUCUCACAUCCUGCCCGUUAUGAUUGCUGUCAUCCUGGCCAACGCGGUGGCCCAGAGCCUCCAGCCCUCCCUCUACGACAGCAUCAUCCGCAUCAAGAAGCUGCCCUACCUCCCUGAGCUGGGCUGGGGGCACCAUGAGAAAUACAACAUGCGGGUGGAGGACAUCAUGGUGCGGGAUGUCCCCUACGUCUCUCUCAACUGCAAGUACCGGGACCUGCAGCAUGUGCUGCAGAGCACCAAGAUGAAGAGCUUGGCACUGGUGGAUUCAGCAGAGUCCAUGAUCCUGCUGGGUUCCAUUGAAAGGGCACAGGUGGGGGCCCUGCUGGGCCACCAGCUGCAUCCCCAGCGCCGGCUCCAGGCCCUGCGGCAGAAGGCAUGGGCGAGCGCUGAUGACGGGCGCCGGUUUUCCGAAGCCAGCGUCUGCUUCCAUAUCAGCACUGAAGCUUCCUCCUUCACUCCCACACGCAGCGGAUCCCGCAAGCCCCUAAAGCCAGCAUUGAAGCGGGUGCCCAGCGUCCCUGCUGACAGCCCCCCAGCCAGUGCCACCGACAGCUCCAGCAUCACCCUCAAGAGCCUCUUCUGUGCCAACAGUGCUGCAGAGCCUGCUGAGGCGCAGGGCCAGGCCCCUCGCAAGGCCAAGCACGUCCGCAUUUCUGUAACGGUAAGCUGCAGCCAAUGGCAGCCUGGGCAGAGCUGCUCUCAGCCAAUUGGAGGCCAGCCUGAAUCCUCUCAACCAAUCAUGGCCUGGCACGAUUCCACUUGGCCAACCACAUUUGGUCAGUGUCUGUGUAGACAAUCUCAGAUGCGUCCCGAUUUCUGCUUGGCCAAUCAGGGCGCGGGAACUUUCAAUCCCAAAUCUGCUCGGCCAAUCUUAGCAUGGAUCCUCUCAGCCAAUCACAGCAAUCGAAUUUCCCUCACUUUCCUCCACCAAUCACAACCCAGGCUGCAUUCUCUCCACCAAUCACAACCUGGGCAUGCCCAAUCACAUUCUCCCACAUCACCCCAUUGUGCACGCCGGGCACGGUGUCACCCCACCUCUCCCACAGGAGGACCUGGACCUGGGGGACAGGAUGACACCGGCAGAGAUCCUGGACUGGGAAGAGCAGCAGCUGGAACAGAAUGUGGACUUCAGCAGCGCCCAGAUUGACCCCGCACCCUUCCAGCUGGUGGAGCGCACCUCUCUGCACAAGACCCACACCAUCUUCUCACUACUGGGCUUGGACCACGCGUACGUCACCAGCAUCGGGCGCCUGGUGGGCAUGGUGUCCCUCAAGGAG